GCCAGAUCAGCUCCACUCAAGGAAGAUGAGACCGCGGGACUGACAGCCGAGGUUAGCCGUCAAUGCCCUUCCUGCUUCCUGCUCCCUGCUUUGGAGCUGGUUGAACUUGAUCACUUUCUCACAUGUAACUCAACCAUCCUUCACUCCAAGAUGGCAGCUCCAUUGGCAUUGGCGCGACAUGCGCUCCGGCUUUCGAAUCGUCUGAGGUAUUUCAGCUCGACCGCCGGCCGUGCUGCCGCUGCCGCCGAGGUGAAGCGGCUCGGCGUUGUUGGCGCGGGACAAAUGGGUCUGGGCAUCGCUUUGGUGGCCGCUCAGAAGGCGCAAGUGCCGGUCACGCUGGUUGACUCCUCGCAGGCGUCGCUGGACAAGGGCCUGGCGUUCGCAGAGAAGCUCCUCGCCAAGGACGUCGCCAAGCAGCGCAUCACGCAGCAAGAGGCUGACGCCGCUCGCGCCCUGCUUGAGCCCACCACGUCCAUCGACGAUCUCUCCGCCGUCGAUUUCGUCAUCGAGGCCGUGCCGGAGAUUCCCGAGCUCAAGUUCGACAUCUUCGCCAAGCUCGCCCGCAUCUGCCCUAAGCACGCCGUGCUUGCCACCAACACGUCGUCCAUCUCCAUCACCCGCAUCGCCGCAGCCACCACCGGCGGCAACCCCAACGACACGUCCAACAGCUCGCGUGUCGUGUCCACCCACUUCAUGAACCCCGUUCCGGUGCAAAAGGGGGUGGAGAUCAUUGCGGGCCUGCAGACCUCGGCCGAAACCCUCGAGACGGCUGUCGCGUUCUGCAAACGCCUCGGCAAGAUCACUUCCCUCUCGGCCGACUCCCCGGGCUUUCUCGCCAACCGCAUCCUGAUGCCCUACAUCAACGAGGCCAUCAUCUGCCUCGAGACGGGCGUCGGCGACCGCGAUUCUAUCGACGCUAUCAUGAAGAACGGGACCAACGUGCCCAUGGGUCCGUUGCAGCUGGCCGAUUUCAUCGGUCUGGACACGUGCCUGGCCAUCAUGAAGGUGCUGCACACGGAGACAGGCGACUCCAAGUACCGGCCGAGCGUGCUGCUGCGGAAGAUGGUGGACGCCGGGUGGCUCGGCAAGAAGAGCGGCAAGGGGUUUUACGACUACUGAAUGCGUUGAGCGGCGCUGUACCGUGAUGGCGUACAAGAGAGAAGGGACCGAGCGCUUCACACGCACAACGAAACAACACUAUGGCGGCUCAGAAAUGUAACGUCGACACGCGGACUCGGCGCUCACCAGAUCCUGGGUCUCUGAUUCGGCCCAGGGUAGGUUACGGACCGUCCAACCGUAUGCCACCUUUGUUCGUGCCAUAA